UUUUCAGCACGCGAUUCAGACACUAUAAAUAGACCCCUUAUGUUAUUUUCUCACUCCAAGACCACGAACUCAGCCCUAAAAUCGCCCCUCUACCUUCUCUAUUCAAUCUCUCACCCAAAUUCUUGGAUUUGCACAUCAAACACCUCAAAUCUCCAAGAUCCAAGAGUUUUCUUCCUCAAAAUCACAAGAUUCUUGCAUUUGGUGAACCAAUGAUCUUGUAUCCAAGUAUGGGUGAAGCUUGUCUUUGAAGGAUUCAAGCUUAUUGCUCUUGGUAGACUUAGGGUUUUGCUCAAAACCCAUUGUGGUACAAAGCAAGGAAAUUGGCAUGGCAUGCAUCUCGUGCUUGUUGAUCAUAUGUUUUGAAGGGAAGCUCGUUGGAAUUUACCCAAAGUAGAAUUUCAAUUAAAAGACUUCAUGGUUCCAUCUGUUGAGUCAAUUAUCCAUUUGCACUCACUCAAUCUCUACCACUCAAUCAUGAGUUUGCUAUUUCUUGUGGUCUGGCCGGAUCUUCAUCUUCUCCACUCCUACAAUUUAUUCAGAUCCCGCCAAUAUGCCCAAAGAUUGGUUGAUCGAUAUAGAUCAAUCAACCAUGGAGUUAAUUCUUGAAAGCAUUAAAGUAGGACUUCAAAGUUGAAAAAAAGAGUAUGCCUAAUUUAUUCAAAUAUAGAGAGCUUUCUCUUCUCAAAUUUGAGUUGCAUCAACUAAUCAAAUAGACAUUGUGGCAUUCAGAAUAUAUAAAUCCACAAAUUCUAGUGCCUCCUCAACUUGCCACAAGGAUACAAAGAGCUUUAUUUAUCUUCUCUCAAAUUUGAAUCCCAUCAAGUACACAUUACUUUUGGAAGUAUCAGAAGAGCUCUAACGCCCUAGCAGAAAAAUGUGUACUCCGCAAGGCAUAAUUGAGCAUUUGGGAUGUAUGGUCUUUGAUGAAGCCGUCACAGCAGUGACUAAAGCAGGAAAAUACGUUUGUCAUUACAGAACAAACUUGGACAAUUUGCAAAGGGAAAUGACAACUCUUGAAGUUCGUAGGGAAAAAAUUGAAAGGGAAGUAAAAGAGGCCCAUGAUCGCGGUGAAGAGAUUGAGGAGGAUGUUUUACAAUGGCAAAAAGACGUGGACACAAUGAAGAAUUACGUUCAGAACCUUGUGGGGCAAAGUACAGACGAGGCAGAAAUGCACUGCUUUGCAUGCUCAUGUCCUAACAUCAAGUGGAGGUACCGAUUGAGCAAACAAGCAGAAGAGAAGAUCGAGGAUGUCAAGAAACUCGCUCAGGAAAGCCAUUUUGAUAAAAUUUCACGCCCUAAGCCGCCUCCUCCAGAACUUGAAUUUCCAUCUGCCGAGAAUUUUAUUCACUUGGAUUCUCGGACACCAAUUCUUGAGGAUAUUGUGGGUGCGUUAAGAGAUCCCGAAGUUAAAAUGAUUGGCGUGUAUGGGCUAGGAGGGGUCGGUAAGACCACAUUAGUCGAGAAGGUCGCCAAGAAAAUGCUAGAUGAUGGAACUUUUAAGCAAGUCCCGCUAGUAGCUGUCUCUAAGGAUCACAAUGUGAAGGACAUACAAAAAAAACUAGCAGACAAAUUGAAUUUAACAUUGGAUGCCACGAAGGAUGAAAAGGGAAAGUUGUGGAAUAAAUUCAAGAAUGGCGAGAAAUAUCUAGUAAUAUUGGAUGAUAUUUGGGAAGAGGUGGACCUGAAGGCAAUAGGUAUUCCUGUCAUGGAAGGAAAUAUAGGGUGUAAAGUUCUGCUAGCGUCUCGAAAGGAAGAUUUGUUAAGAAUCACAAUGAAAGCUGAUAGAAAUUUUCCAAUUGCAGAGCUACCGGAGGGAGAAGGAUGGAACCUAUUCAAGAAGAAGAUAGGAAACACUAUCGAGUCUCGGCCAGAAAUAGAUUCCCUAGCACACGAAGUGUGUAGAAAAUGCAAAGGAUUGCCAGUUGCCAUAAAUGCUCUUGGAGCCGCAGUAAAAGAUAGGCCAUACCACACGUGGAAGAAUGCUUUGGAUAAGCUAGAGAGGCACAUGCUCACACAAAUUGAAGGUAUUAACCGAAGUGUUUGGGCCACCUUAUGGGUAAGUUAUGAUAUGUUACCGUCAUCGGAUGCGCAAUCCUGUUUCUUGCUCUGCUGUUUAUUUGCUGAGGAUGCUAAGAUUUCGAUUGACGAAUUGACGAGACACUGCAUGGCAAGGAGUUUGCUUGCUCAAAACCCUCGUACAUUUGAUGAAGCAAGAACUGCCAUGUGUACAGUGGUUGAUGUCCUCAAAUCAGCUUCUUUGUUGUCAACUGAAGAUCAUGAAACUAUUGUCAAAAUUCAUGAUGUCAUAAGAGAUGUUGGAAUCUCAAUUGCACGUGAGAAAGAAGCAUUUCUGGUAGAUCAUGGUGCCCUUCAAUGGCCACGGAAUCCCACAAAUGGCCCAUUGUACAAAGCAAUGUCUUUAAGUUUCAAAAAUGUUAAACAUCUUCCAGAUGGGUUGGUAUAUCCAGAACUAGAAACUUUAAUGGUUGACAAUAGCGAACUUGCCGAUAUUGAGGUUCCAGACAAUUUUUUCAAUGGAAUGAUGCAACUUACAGUGUUGACUUUUACUCGAAUGCAUAUGCAGCGACUCCCGUCAUCACUUGUAAAAUUAACAAACCUUCGGAUGCUGUAUCUGAAUAGAUGUGAGUUGGAAGAUAUUGCUAUACUUAAGGACCUAAAGAAUGACCUUGAAGUGCUUAGCCUUCGGGGUUCUAAUAUUGAGGCGUUGCCAUCGGAGAUCAGACAGUUGACUAGUCUACGGGUGUUAGACCUCCAAGAUUGUAACAAACUCAAGGUGAUUCCACGAGGUGUCACAUCCAAUUUAACUAGCCUGGAGGAAUUGUACUUUCCAGAAAACUUUGACAAAUGGGGCGCCACAAUUGACGAGCAACAAGACACGAGCAGUAGAGAAAAUUUGAACCUCGAGGAGCUGAGACGGUCAUUGAGUACUGAUAAAUUAACCACUUUACACUUCUAUAUACCAGAUGUCAUGCUAUUACCCAAGGAGGACCUAAUAUUUGUGAACCUGAAGAGAUUUAAGAUAUCAGUGGGUUCGAUAUUCAAUUAUUCAGAAAAAUUAAUUUCUGGAAGAUGCAUGUUGAAACUAGAAGGUAUUCAGUUAAGAAAUGAGUUUAUCCCUUUGGUGGACAAAGCUGACGUGUUAGUCCUCCGUGAGAUUGAGGGUUUGAAGAAAGUGUUUCAUGACAAAAUUGUUGGAAAUAGAUUUCUUGACUUGAAAUACCUCAAAGUUACAUCAUGUGUUGAGGACUUGGAAUAUCUUAUUGGUGAGUCAAAAUCAUCAGGGCAAAGUCAUGAGCUGCAUCGCUUACAGUCGUUCAAUAAUUUAACUGUGUUAAUUAUUGAAGAUUGUAAGUCAAAGUAUCUCUUCUCCCCAACCACCGCGAAAGGACUUAUUCACCUUGAAGAGCUAGAAGUAAGAUCGUGCAAAAUCAUGGAGGGAAUAGUUAGAUUUGAAAGACGAAAUGAUGAAGAUGAACUCACCAGUGAGGUGAAGUUCAGUAAACUGAAGCAGCUGAAAUUGAAAGAUCUACCAAAUCUCUUAAGCUUUUAUGCCCAAAAGGAGAAGAUGGAAAUAAUCAUGGGAAGCUCUUCUUCCUGUGCCCAACCUCUUUUCAGUGAAAAGGUUAUUUUUCCUGUCUUGGAGAGAUUGAUCAUUGAUGAGCUGGGUAACAUAAUAAAGAUUUGGGACAAGCAAUCAAUAGCUGUUUUGGAAGAACAAGGGUCUUUUUGCCAACUGAGGGAUUUGGAGGUCAGCCGUUGCAGUAAACUAAUGCACGUGUUUCCGUCCAAUAUGCAUCCAUUAUUAAAGAAUCUAAAAUUUCUAGAAGUGCAAUACUGUGAAACCAUGAAGGGAAUAGCUGAAUUUGAGGGAGAAAUAAAAGAAGAUGUACUUAAAAAUGAGGUUGCUUCCCCUGCCCAAAAACAUUUAGAGAUUGAAUCCUGGUGCAGACCUGUGAACAAUGAUGACAUCAUUGUGUUCCCUCGGUUAAAGAGAGUGAAACUUUGGACAUUGCCUAAGCUCAAAAGUUUCUAUACUGAAACGCAAGGCUUCUUCUCCCACAAGGUUAUUUUCCCUGUCUUGAUGAGAUUGAUCAUUGAUGGACUGGGUAACACAAUAAAGAUUUGGGACAAGCAAUCAAUUGCAGUUUUGAAAGAACAAGGGUCUUUCUGCCAACUGACGAGUUUGGAGGUCAGACGUUGCAGUAAACUGAUGCAUGUGUUUCCGUCCAAUAUGCAUCCACUGGUAAAGAAUCUACAUCAUCUAGAAGUAAGUGAUUGUGAAAUCAUGAAGGGAAUAGCUGAAUUUGAGGGAGAAAUAGAUGAAGAUGGACUUAGAAAUGAGGUUGCUUCCCUUGCUCAAGAACAUUUAGAGAUGGUUGAGGUAACAGAGAUUCAGGAGAAGCAACCACUCCCAAAACCCAGAAAAGAAGUUGAAUCCUUGUGCAAACUUAUAAGCAUUCGUAUUAAAAAGUGUAACGAAUUGUUGUAUGUAUUUCCCUCCCAUAUGCUUCCUCAGAAUCUGCAAGGACUCUGGAUAGAAGAAUGUGACGAGUUGGAGGUGAUAUUCUCAACGGACCCGAAGGAGGAGAAAGAAGCAAUCAACGAUGACAUCAUUGUGUUCCCUCGGUUAGAGAGAGUGACACUUUGCCAUUUGCCUAAGCUCAGAAGUUUCUAUACUGAAACGCAAGGCUUCUUCUCCCACAAGGUUGCUUUUCCUGUCCUGCAAAAUUUGUAUUUUCAUAAUUUAGAUAAGAUAACAAGGAUUUGGGACAACCAACCACUCUCAGAACCAGAAAAAGAAGCUAAAUCCUUCUGGCAACUUAUGAAGAUUAAUGUUUGUUAUUGUAACCAAUUGGAGAAUGUGUUGCCCUGCUAUAUGCUUCCUCAGUUAAAGAAUCUGCAAGAACUCAGUAUGUGGAAUUGUACGAAGGUGGAGGUGAUAAUCUCAAACCAUCCGAAGGAGAAAGAAGCCACCAACAACAAUGAUACCAUUCGGUUCCCUCAGUUUAAGACUCUUCAACUCGGGGAUUUGCCUAAUCUCAAAAGUUUCAUAUGUUGUGAAACGCAACUCUUGUUCUCCAACAAGGUUAUUUUCCCCGUGUUGAAGAAAUUGAGCAUUCAAAAGGUGCAUAAAAUAAUUGAGAUUUGGGACAAGCAAUCAAUAGCAGUCUUAGAAGAACAAGGGUCUUUCUGCCAACUGACGGAUUUGGAUGUCUCCGAAUGCGAGAAACUGAUGCAUGUGUUUCCUUUCAAAAUGCAUUCACCAUUAAAGAAUCUGAAGGUACUACGCGUGAGUGAUUGUCCAACCAUGGAGGGAAUAGUUGAAUUUGAGGGAGAGAUAGAUGAAGAUGGACUCAAAAAUGAGGAUGCAUUCCCAGUGUUGGAGGAAAUAUAUCUCGAUGAAGAUUCAGAGAUUUUGCGAGACGGGACUUAUACGAAAGAGAACAACAAAAUGGCAGACACUUCUGCUGCUCAAGCUAGGAAAGGCAAAGAUAUCCAAGGAAUUCCUUGGGAGAGGCUUAAUAUCACAAGGGAAAAGUAUAGGCAAACUAGGUUAGAACAGUACGAGAAUUAUGAGAACAUCCCUCAAUCUGGCAAGCGGUCAGAGAAAGAUUGCAAUGUCACAAUGAAAGGGGGUAUGUAUUAUGAGUUCAGACGUAAUUCAAGAUCUGUGAAAUCAACGAUACCUCAUCUCCAGAUAAGGAACAUGGUUUGGGCUACAUCAAAGCAUGAUGUUUACCUUAUGUCACAUUUUUCUGUUACUCAUUGGUCUGCAUUAACUUGUAACAAGACUGAGGUUCUUAAUGUUUCUGGUCAUGUCGCACCAUGUGAGAAACAUCCAGGAAGUCUACUGGAAGGAUUUACCCGGACUGAAGUUAGCACACUUGCAGUAAAAGAUAGGUUACUUGUUGCUGGGGGGUUUCAGGGAGAACUCAUUUGCAAGAAUUUAGAUAGACCUGGAGUUUGCUUCUGCACGAGGACAACAGACGUUAACGCAGUUACUAAUGUAGUAGAGAUCUACAACUCUCAGAGUGGUGCAGUUCAUUUCACAGUUGCCAACAAUGAUUGUGGAGUCAGAGACUUUGAUAUGGAAAAAUUUCAGCUAUCUAAACAUUUCAGCUUUCCUUGGCCAGUGAAUCACACUUCUUUGAGUCCUGAUGGGAAACAUCGUAUAAUUGUUGGAGAUAGCCCAGAGGGUAUGUUGGUGGACUCCGGAACUGGGAAGAUGGUCGCGUCUUUGGUUGGUCACUUGGAUUUCUCAACUGCAUCAGCAUGGCACCCUGAUGGCCUCACCUUUGCUACUGGGAAUCAGGACAAAACCUGCCGGAUUUGGGAUGCCCGAAACCUAUCCAAGUCAGUGGCGGCUUUGAAAGGGAAUCUCGGAGCCAUCCGAUCGAUUCGCUACUCAUCCGAUGGUCGUUUCCUGGCAAUGGCAGAGCCUGCCGAUUUCGUCCAUGUUUUCGAUGCCAAAAGUGGGUAUGAGAAGGAACAAGAGAUCGAUUUCUUUGGCGAGAUAUCUGGCAUGUCUUUCAGUCCUGACACGGAAUCGCUCUUUAUUGGAGUGUGUAGCCCUAUAUAUGGUGGCCUUCUUGGAGUGUGUGACCCUACAUAUGGUGGUGGCCUUCUUGAGUUUGGCCGACGAAGGAAUAACUCAUGCCCUGAUUCUAUCAUCUGAGUGGGUGAUUGGACCUCUCUGCAAAUAAGUGUACAAAUAAAUAUGCAAAGGGGGGCUCUCUCAUUCUAUCAUCUCAGUUUGGCAUAAAAAUGUAAUUAAUGUGUUGUGGGAUUUAGGUUGUUAGUGUUCUUUAGUAGGAGUGUUCUGUUUGGAGUGAUUAUGAGUCAUCGGAGGCUGAGAAGCGUUGGUCAUGCGAACGGAGAAACUUGAACUGGGAUUACUCAAAGAUGUGUCAUUUCAUGUCCUGAUUUUGAGAUAUUGUAAUGGUUGCAUUUUUUUGGAUAACUAUAUGCUUAUAUUUCGUCAUGGUAAAUCUUUUGUAAUGGUUUUUUUUAUGAAACUCUUUGUA